AGGGGAGCUUUGCCAAUGUGCAAGCAAUUUAAGUCAUCAAACAACCAUUAAUUCACUAUUAUCUGCCAUUGUCGGGCCAGCUAGCCAUACUUAGUACUGGUUGGUCUGAGGAUCACUAGCUAGCAUCGUCAUGGGAAGGGGCAAAGUAGAGCUGAAGAGGAUUGAGAACCCAUCAAGCAGGCAAGUCACCUUCUCCAAGAGGAGGAAUGGCCUCAUGAAGAAGGCCUUUGAGCUCUCCAUUCUCUGCGACGCCGAGAUUGCCCUCCUCAUCUUCUCCCCCUCCGGCAAGGCUUAUCAGUACUCCAGCCAUGAAAUGGAUAGGACCAUUGCGAGGUACAAGAAUGAGAUGGGGCUUCCUCAAUCGCACAACCAUGGACUUAGACCUAUUGAGGUUUGGAGGGCUGAGAUGGAAGAUUUGAGGAGAACCUUAGAAAGCUUGGAAGCCAAGCAGAAGCACAUAGCUGGAGAAGAUCUAUCGCUGUUGGGCAUGAAAGAGCUCAAGCAAUUGGAACGCCAAAUGAGGACAGGAGUUGAGCGCAUUCGCUCCAAGAAGAGGCGUAUCAUUUCAGAGCAUAUCAACGACUUGAAGAAAAAGCAUAGAGUCCUGCAAGAGGAGAACACUCACCUCCAAAGGAAACUUAAUGAGUUGGAUACGCACGUGGAAGUUCCGGAAUAUUUGAACCCGACAACCUUUGUACAUUUCAAAGGAACAUAGCUCUGUUCUGAGGGGGCAGCAAAUGGAAGCCCAGCAACUAAUCUAAGCAGCUUAAAUUAGUGAAUGAAUGAAUUAAUGUAAUGGCUUUUAUUUUAUGUACAAAACUAUUGGGUGGUUUCUAUAUUGCACUUAUGCUUGCUGUCUCUUUAUUU